AUGGCGGCGGCGCCGGCGCCGGCUGAACCCAGCCUCUGCUUCUGGGUCGCCUGCGCGUUUUUCAGUCCAGUUCGGAAUGUUGGUUGGAUGGCUGCAUUUUUGCCUUGCCUGGCACAGCUGGAGCACGAGCUGCAGCAAGAGGUCUCCGGCAUCACCAUCCAGGGCUACAUCAGCAACCUACACCGCCAGUUCGAGACCAAGCUCUGCGACAACCGAAACCACAUCAUCACGCUGAGCAAGAGCUGGAAGGACAACGUUUCCGAGAUCGCAGCGCUGAGAGACGAACUUAACAAUAUUGUGGCAGCAGCUUCGGACCCCGGCGUGAAAGAUGACGGUGAGCCUCCUGUCGUGGCACAGACGAACGAGGCCUUGCACUACAUCCCGGACUUCUCGCUCCUGAAGCACAUGGGCGGCGAUGAGAUCAACGGUUUUCUCAAGACGGAGUGGCUGAAGCUGCGAAGGGAGCACGAGUGCGAAAUGCAGAAGAAGACCGAGGAGCUGUUCAGGCUCAAGAGGGCGAAAGAUGGAGCUGCCCUGCCUCUAAGGAAAGAGAGGGAGCUCGAGUCCAUUAAAUCCAAGUUGCUUCAGACUAUCUCCAAAAUGGAUGGCAUUGUCUCGAGGAAAGAGGGACUUAAUAAUUGUUUUGAUUACGAUGAGGAUGGUGAGCUGUGCAGACUAAAGGACAGAAUUGCUUCUCUGCUGGAGGAGAAUGAGCGUCUCCGAGGCUUGCUGGCAGAUAAAAGGAAAGAGGCUAAGCAGCUAUAUUCACAGGUGGUGGACGCGCAGAACAGUAUCGCGCGACACUCGUUGUCAGAGUCAAAACUUUCGAAUCAAAUUCAGAAGCUCUGCGGUGAGCUUGACGACCUAAAGAUCGAGAGCCACUUGAAAGAUCUACUGGAACAAUCUCUGUUAAAAGAAGUAUUUGGUAACUAUGAAAAUCAGAUUGAUGAUGGGAACCAGGAGGAGUGCUUGCUCCAAGAGCUGAUCAUGGAAAAAGAAGAGCAGCUACGUGCCAUGUCUAGAGACAGGCAAAAGCUCAAGUAUGAGAACGACCAGCUUGUGUCUAUUGUAGGUUCGACUCUGGUUCAGCACCACGAGGAAUUCGACUUGGUCAACGACGAGCUUAUGAUGUACAGGGAGAAAGUUUGCGAACAGGAGCUACUUAUCUUGGAGUUCAGAAGCGAGUCGAGUUCAAUGAAGAGCUGUUUGUAUGAGGCUCUGCAGCAGAUCAAUGUCUGCAAGGAAGAGAUAUGUGGGCUGACUAAGAGCUUGACUUCCAUGUCUGUUGCUUUGGAGGAAGCAAAAGAACAGAAUGCGUCUCUUGAUGCUACUAUCCGGGAAAUGAAGAGAACAUCGGCAUCGUGCGUCGACGGUCAUGAAGGACACCUAGAAUUUGACCUCGUUAGUAUGGAGAAGUUGUCUAAAGCAUACAGUGAUUUUGAAAGCAGAAUAUCACAAAGUAUGAAGCAAAGUGAAAUUAGGUUGACUAGUAUAAUGUGUCAGUUCAACCCACUGGUGCAGCAAGUUUCUGUAUUAAAGAAGAAGGAAUUCUGGUAUAAACAAAUACUUGAGAUUAAAUGCUCGAAUCUCAGGAAAGCAGAAGCAGAGGUUGAUAUACUUGGCGAUGAGGUCGACACCCUUUUAAGUGUUCUUGGUAAAAUCUAUAUAGCACUUGACCAUUAUUCUCCUGUUCUGAAGCACUAUCCUGGGGUGACAGAGAUUCUGAAUCUAGUGCAGAAGGUGUUGAAAGGAGAAAGUGUUUAGCAAUGUAACACUCUGCUGAAAUAUUAACAACACUAUCCGUGUAUACAUUUGACUUGGACAUGAUCCCGAGAAUAGUUUUGGGCAGUCACAGUCAGUUUUUGCAGUGACUUACUAGGAGGAAACAAAGUUGUUAACUUACAGAGCUAGAUGCAGUCAGUGAUAGACAGCAUGAUUCAAUUGCUAGUGUGACCGAGGUUUUUUAGGCUUCAUUUGUAUAGUGUGCAGUUAGUAGUUGGCAAUAGCAACCUGUAGGGUUUAUUUGUGUGCGCCUUAUAGCUUUUAGGAUGGGUUGUGGGUGUAGUGCUUCUCUCUUUUUGAGAAAAUUGGGUGAUUGUUUCUUUGCAUGCAGCAGGUGCAGCAUGUUGUAGCCCUAGAUUGUAUUGUUAGUGACUGUUUAAGUCCUAGUUUGUAUUACAGUAAUUAUGUAUUUGUAAAUUGUAACUAGUGCAGUUUCUGUACUCCAUUGUUUUUGAAUUGGAAAGCACUAGAAAUUGUAUUAUUGCCAACUAGUUAA